AUGAGUCUGCCAAAUCCGUGGAUCGCAAACCUCGUCAAGCGGUGCCUGGCCUCCUAUCUUGGCCACACCCAGGAAAAUGAUGUCGAGGUAGAAGAUGAUGGAGCCUGCCUGAGCUUCGGCAUUCACGAUUCGACCUUAACAGCUCUCAUUGCAGAUUGGGGUCUCGGAUCCUCAUGCGACAGCGGCGUGCUGAUGGAGUCGAGCAAUCAAAUUGACGCGAUCUUCCCUCACGAUUCGAUAGAAAAUGCAAAAGCUCAAUCGAGGACCCUAUAUUCAAAGGAAAGCAGCCUCAUGAAGCAGCGGAUUGAACUCCUCAGCUUUAAUCUCAUUUUCCCUUACUCGACAUCCGCACCCACUUUCGACGUCUGUCUUCGUGUAAAUCGAUUCCGUAUCAAUUGGGGCGAAGAGAAAAAAUUCAAGCCAUCGAAGAAGUUAAAGAAUGAUAAAGCUGUCAGAGGCCUGUUGGAACAAGCCCAGCGGAAAGCCAAAGAUGCCAGCAGAGCUUUCAAGCCCAUUGAAGCAGUACGCUCGCCAUCAAGGAUCUCAGAUCCAAGUCACGGAAAUUCCCCAGGGACAAGAACCACAGAGAUAAGCUUUCCUCAUGGUGGGGAAUCUCAACAAUUCUUCUCCCAAGUCCCCAACUAUGAGCGCGAUACAUUGCAGCAUAAUCCAAUUGGCGUAAACCAUCCGGUCUCGCGUGCUUCUGCGACGCUACUUCAACAUCUUGCUUCAUCUUCCCGGCCGAACUCAAGAAAUGUGUCUCUAUCCUCUCCAUCUCCACAAAUACAAGCAGAUGAAAUGGCUGCGAAAAGAGACCCUCUCCAGAUGCUUGUUGGUGGAGAAUCUAUUGCGAAUGGUGCCCACAAAUUACUCCCAAUGGGUAAUGAACACGUGCGAGAAGACUCUAUAUCGUCUCAACCUGAAAAAGAAAAUACUUCAUCACAUUUGGAGAAGGACUAUACACCAGAAGCUCUCAACGAACACAAUCGAUCCCCUUCAAGAAAGCGAAAUCGUGAAAGCAUGGAAUUUCAAUCGCAAAGGACUAUCGAAGAAACACAUAAUUCACAACAUGCUCCAGAUUCCUUAACGGUGUCUCCAUCUAGAAAAAGACAACGCACCGAUGCCUCCUCCCCAAAGCUGCCAGAUCCCAGAGAACCUGAGAGCCUACCAGUUCAAGUGACUCGGGUCCCGGAUCCUCAAGCCCUAAUCGAUGCGUCUAAGUCGGUUGCAGAUGAUCCUUCACCUCCAACAGACCCAUGGAAUGGUCUUUCGAAAAUAUCCGAUAGAGAUGUUGAAAUCCUCAAAAGCCAGGCUGAUCUCUUAGAUGGUAUUUUAUGCUGGAUUCCGCCUCUGCCUGGCGACCUUAUGCCCCAGGGACAUGUGCCGCCCCAGCUUCUCAAACAGUGGAAUGAAAUUGCUACACUAAGGCACCACCAGCAAGCCGAAGACAAAGCAAUCUUAGAACGACCAGUUACUCCAACCCAAGACAUAAUAUCAUCUGCUGGCUCGGAAGAUGGCACUUUGGGAAAUGAGAGUCCUGGACGUGAAUUUAGCUGGUCUGCUAGCCCAGUUGAUACCCAUGCCCAGAAUGUCCUCCCGCCAAGCAGCCCCGUGAAGGAGACAAGGCGAGACUCAACACCCCACUGGGGCGAAGCCAAUGUGAGAAGGGAUGGAAAUGCCGGUGACUUGGAAAAUCGCAAGAGCCCUCGUGACAUGCCACAGAAAGAAAAAGACACUGCUGUGUCCUCAAGCCAAGCAUCUUUAUCUGUUUCAAGGGACUCUAUAUCUGCCGAAUAUGACAAGAGGAACCCGGUUGAGAUUCCUUUGUGUCCGGUUGAAAAUGGACAGGGUGAGCCUAUGUGCCACGGCAAACAAAGGAGCCCUUCUCUUGAGGCCCCUGGGAUUGAUUCCCAAUUCCAAUAUUUGUCAACGAAAAGACCCGUCCAUCUAAGCAGCCCCAGAUCUAUUGCCGAAUGUCAUGAUGUUAUAAUCGAGGAGAGCGAUGAUGAAUCAGUGAUGGACACUUCGGUGCCUAUUGCACUGGGUGAAAGUUUGCCACCGACGCAGUGCAGCCAAACAGGGCAGGAAGUCACACAGUCGGGCAUUUCGCUAACUAAGAGAAACAUGGGGCAUGUUCAAGUCGCAGUCACUCCCAUAAUUGACAUUAAUAAGGCAUAUCGGGAGGACCCUAACAAACAACAAUCCCAGCUUGAUUCAUCGAAGUUACCAUUCGACUCUUCUCAGGUUCAAAAGGGUUCCUCACAAUCUCGUAUUCUCAAUACCGAUCCUUACCUUGGCAGCUACGAGCGGGAUCACUCAUCUCACGAAAUAAUUGACUCAUCUUCGUCGCAGUCAGAAGAUAUAGUAAAACGCCAGACUGAAGUUGCUGUGCCACAGACCCAGUCCAGCAUGAACUCCCAUAUGCCGUCAUACUCGCAGGGUGUCCCUUCUCAUUCGCAGCAUGACAUUGUACUCGACUCUUCUGAGGCAGCUCAACGCCACCAUGACUUACUCUUACCUCAUCAAGAUUCACAGAUCGAGCCCUUCACUCAGCAGUUAGAGAGCUCUUAUGCACCUGAUUCACCUCUCCUUAAUGAAUCUAUCCUGGCUCAUGCUCAGCGAGAAUCACCCAGUGGGCCUGAACCAUCUCCACAGGUCUUGGGUCUGGAGCAUCGGUAUCAUUCUUGCAAUGAACAAGACUGUUCACCUUCUGGAAGUCCCAAAGGAACAUCCCAGACUCCUCAAAAUAAUGCCAACCAGGCUUUACCUGCCACGAGCGCAGAGUUGGUUGCACGGCGCCUGGGAUUCAUCCAUGAUCCCACAACGUCCGUCGAGGCACAAAAGGUGUACAAAAAGUUCUGCAAUGAUUAUCCUCGCUACAUUGGUGACUAUCGCCAUUUCACAGAGCUAUGCUCAAAACUACAAGCAGUCCGAGACAGAGGACAAUUGCAGCGAUCGAAUUUGUGGGAUGAUUUCAUUAUUCUGCAUCUUGACUCGGAUGUAGGAUAUGUAUCAUACUUUGCGGAGUGCAGGUCUCAAGGGUAUGCCGAUUUGCUUUCCUACGAAGAAUAUUUCCUCACAAAUGUUUUGCAAUCUGUGAAUAAGAAACGCAGCCUAUCAGCCCAUGACAUCGAAGUGGCAGCAUCGCAAUCUACGUUGCAGGAUACGGCGUCUCCUAUCACUAGUAAUCUGCUUCCUUCGGCUUCAUCCGCCACCGAGGCCCAGACUUCGAACGCUUUUCUUCCAUCAGGCUUUGUAGGCCGCUUCCCACAGACUCAUGCCAGUUCAUUCAGGGUCAACACCGGUCAUGAACUACUUCGUGAAGGCGAAUCAAUAUUUGCCCCGACAGCCUUGGAGUCCUCCGGAUCCUCGGUGAUUAUCAAACAAGAAAGUCAAGAUACAGAGUUCCGCGAUACUAUCAUCAACGAAACAGUGCCAACAAGCUCGCUUGACAUCAAGCCCAUUCUAUCCAAUGACUCUAUUGCCGUGAGUCAACAUCUAUCGAUCGAAACUCAGAUCACAAGCACACAGGAUGAGCAGAAUAUUUCCAAUGGAGGCAUAGAAGGGCUCGACGCUGAAGAAGUCGAUGCUGAAGAAACCGACGCCGAGGACACACGUCACGAAACCGCCAGCAUUGAACUCGGCGACGAGAGUUUCAUCUCCAACGCAACGUCUGCCCCUGGUGAUGAUGAGAUUCCCGAAACAGAGUCUGAGACAGAGCCUGAAGAAGAGAAUUGGUUUCUGUCUCUGCGGCGCAUGUACCCUAGUGGCCCUGUUUGGUCUGACAGCCCGGACACCCCGUUCAAGCGUUGGGGCCAGGCCGACCAGAACGUUCUCAGCGAGCGGCAGCGCCGUGGGGGAGCUAAAAUCCUGCUCGACGAGAAGGGAGUCAUUCGACGGCCGAUUCAUCGCUAA